CUAUCACGACCCAGGUGAUUGAUGUGUCAAUUGUAUUGAAUUUUGCUAAAAAAAAUAAUUUAUUUUGUUCUGGGCGUUAGAAUAACAAAAUAAUAAUAAUAAUAUAUUCAUUCAUCACCAUUGUUCAACAUUCCAAAUCGAUCAACAUCUACUUUGAAUAUAGAAAAUGACCGAUGCAAAAUAUUUUGCAAACACCAAAAAAGGUGAAAUAUUCGAAUUGAAAAGUGAAUUGAACAGUGAUAAGAAAGAAAAACGACGAGAAGCUGUGAAAAAAGUGAUUGCAUCGAUGACCGUUGGUAAAGAUGUAUCAGCAUUGUUUCCCGAUGUUGUUAACUGUAUGCAGACAGAUAAUUUGGAAUUGAAAAAAUUGGUCUAUCUUUAUUUGAUGAACUAUGCUAAAAGUCAGCCCGAUUUGGCCAUAAUGGCUGUGAAUACGUUCGUUCGAGAUUGUGAAGAUCCUAAUCCAUUGAUUCGUGCAUUGGCCGUUCGUACUAUGGGCUGUAUUCGAGUGGAUAAAAUUACCGAAUAUCUAUGUGAACCAUUACGGAAAUGUUUACGAGAUGAAGAUCCAUAUGUAAGAAAAACGGCUGCCGUAUGUGUAGCAAAAUUGCAUGAUAUCAAUGCACAGAUGGUUGAAGAACAAGGAUUUCUUGAUCUACUCAAAGAUCUAUUGUCCGAUUCGAAUCCUAUGGUCGUUGCUAAUGCUGUUGCUGCAUUAUCCGAAAUAAACGAAGCAUCCAGUUCAGGAAAAUCAUUGGUUGAAUUGAAUAUGCAAACCAUCAAUAAAUUGUUGACCGCUCUGAAUGAAUGCAAUGAAUGGGGCCAGGUAUUCAUAUUGGAUGCAUUGUCCAAUUACACACCAGCCGAUGAUCGUGAAGCACAAAGUAUUUGUGAACGUGUUACACCUCGUUUAGCACAUGCAAAUGCCGCCGUUGUUUUAAGUGCUGUAAAAGUUUUAAUGAAAUUUCUGGAAAUGAUUGCACAGGAUUCAGAUUUUGUUGGAACAUUGACGAAAAAAUUGGCACCACCAUUGGUUACAUUGUUAUCUAGUGAACCAGAAGUUCAAUAUGUUGCACUUCGUAAUAUCAAUCUAAUCGUACAGAAACGGCCAGAUAUUCUUAAACAUGAGAUGAAAGUAUUUUUCGUCAAAUACAAUGAUCCAAUCUAUGUUAAAUUGGAAAAAUUGGACAUAAUGAUCCGGUUAGCAUCACAGGCUAACAUUAAUCAAGUUCUAGCCGAAUUGAAAGAAUAUGCAACCGAAGUGGAUGUGGAUUUUGUUCGAAAAGCAGUACGUGCUAUUGGUCGUUGUGCCAUCAAAGUUGAACAAUCGGCUGAACGAUGUGUGGCCACAUUAUUGGAAUUGAUUCAGACAAAAGUCAAUUAUGUUGUACAAGAAGCCAUUGUUGUCAUCAAAGAUAUUUUCCGUAAAUAUCCCAAUAAAUAUGAAAGUAUCAUUUCAACUUUGUGUGAAAAUUUGGAUACAUUGGAUGAACCAGAAGCACGAGCAUCGAUGAUCUGGAUCAUUGGUGAAUAUGCUGAACGAAUCGAUAAUGCUGAUGAAUUGUUGGAAACAUUUUUGGAAGGUUUUCAUGAUGAGAACACACAAGUUCAGCUACAACUUUUGACAGCAAUCGUAAAAUUAUUUCUUAAACGACCAACCGAAACACAAGAAUUGGUGCAGCAAGUAUUAAGCCUAGCCACUCAGGAUAGUGACAAUCCAGAUCUUCGUGAUCGUGGCUUCAUUUAUUGGCGUUUACUAUCAACAGAUCCGGCUGCUGCCAAAGAAGUGGUUCUUGCUGAGAAACCAUUGAUUUCGGAAGAAACUGAUCUAUUGGAGCCAACAUUAUUAGAUGAACUGAUCUGUCAUAUUGGCAGUUUAGCUUCGGUUUAUCAUAAACCACCGUCUUCGUUUGUCGAAGGUCGAAGUGGUUAUCAACGUAAAACAUUGAUGAGCCGUAAUGGUUCAGGUGAAGAUAAUAAUAAUGCGGCUGAUCAAGCUCAACCGACUGUCAUUCCGGCUGCCGAUAGUUUGAUUGGAGAUCUUCUCAGUCUAGAUAUCAAUGCAACUGGUUCGACAAACGUUUAUCCAUCCGCUAGUACCGGCGGUAGUAAUGUUGAUUUUCUUGGUAAUGGAUUGGAUACAUUGCUUGGUGGUGGUGGGGGUGGUGGUAGUUCAGAUCAACCAUCAACUGCAGCUGCAACCGCAUCGACCGCUGGACUAUCAACCACUGGUCUAUUGGGCGAUAUUUUUGGUCUGGCAACUUCGGAAACAUUUUAUUCACCACCUAAACAAGUUUGGUUGCCUGCAGUUCGUGGAAAAGGAUUGGAAAUUGAAGGAACAUUUUCUAGACGAAAUGGCCAGAUCUAUAUGGAUAUGACUUUUCAUAAUAAAGCAAUGCAAGCUAUGGGUGGAUUUGCUAUCCAAUUCAAUAAGAAUAGUUUUGGUUUAGCACCGGCACAACCGCUUCAGGUUCCAACACCAUUACAACCGAAUACCAAUGCUGAAAUCAGUCUACAGUUAAAUACAUUGGGACAAGUGCAAAAAAUGGAUCCAUUGACUAGUUUACAAGUGGCCGUAAAAAAUCAUGUGGAUGUUUUCUAUUUCAGCUGUAUAGUACCGGUCAAUGUAUUUUGCAGUGAAGAUGGUGCCAUGGAUAAACGUGUAUUUCUUUCCACAUGGAAAGAUAUUCCAUCACAGAAUGAAGUACAAUUCAAUAUUGAAAAUGUAACAUUGACCGUGGAACAAAUAUCACAGAAAUUACAAUCGAACAAUAUAUUCACUAUUGCACGACGUAAUGUAGAAGGACAAGAUAUGCUUUAUCAAUCGAUGAAAUUCACCAACAACAUUUGGGUAUUGGCUGAGCUCAAAAUACAGCCAGGUAAUUCACAAUUUGUUCUUUCAUUGAAAGCUCGUGUAACCGAUGUAGCGACACCUGUACAUCAAAUAUAUGAUGCCAUUCUUCAUAAUUAAUUUAUCAUCAUAAUUUUUCUUUUCUCCCCAAAAAAAAUAUCGUCAUCAAAAAAAAAAUCAACUAAACAAACACAAAGUUAAAUUCUUCUUGUUCGCAUUCCUAAUUUUUGCAAUUCAAAUUAGAAAAUCAAUUAUCAUGUGUUUGAAUUGCUAUAAUUUUCAAUUAUUA